CCCUCUGGACGCAGCUGGAGCGGCGGUUCGGCCAACGGCCCGGAAAACGGCCGGGAUUUGGGACAGUACAGAGCUCAAAACGCCCCCGGGAGCCGCUGCAGCAGUGUCUGGCGCGUGGAGCGAGGGGCUGUUAAAACUAAAAAGGAAAUUAUCGCGUAGAAAAAUGUCCCUGAUCUUAACCUGUGUGUUUACACUGCCAUUCAAGCCGUGUCAGUCUGCAAUAGAAACAGACGCUUUCUUGCUCUGUACCUCAGAACUGAGUUACCAGUAUAGUGACCAUACAGGAUGAAAAGAAAAGAAGUGCCCAUUUUUCAGAUGCCAAAGUAUGUUCUGUGAAACAGUAUUUUGCUGUGAAAAAUGAAAGAAUCUUUCUAGACACUGUUAAAGGUAGCUGAUGGAGUUAGAAAAAUGCUUCGUUUGAGGCAAGUUUGCUUGUCUGCACUGAGACAUUACCAAGCCCGAACUCUGAGCAACGAUCUGCUUCUGAGCCAGAUAAAUAACUGUACCCAUGAAGAUGAAGUGUUCAGCCUUGUUGGCAAGAACGAGGCCAGGCUUUCUGAAAAGCAUGUGGGAAUUGCAUUGAAUGUGUUAUGGCAGUUGCAGAAGAAGAAACCACUUCUCUUAAGGACUUCUGACUAUGUAAGAAAUCACUCCCAGUUUCUAACUCUUUGCUUUUUAGCAGAAAACAAAGUAGAACACAUGGAUAAUGAGGCAAUAGUGGACGCUCUGUAUAGUAUACUGAGGCUCAGUGUGGAAAGCCAUGGUUCCUUGGCAGGAGCGCUCGUUACAGAGGCGUGGAAAAGAUUGGAAAGCCUUAGUUUACCAGCUUUGUCUAAAUUUGCACUGUGUUUACACAAGCAGCGCAGACAUUUUAGUCCCCUAACUGGCAAAAUAGCACAUCUUGUGGACACGAAACUGGAUUACGUACAGGAUAUAAGGAUCUUGUCAGUUUUGAUGAUCAGCGUAUCUGGUGUCAUCUCACGGAGUUUUCAGGACCGAUUACUACAGAAGGUGGAACAACUAUUGGGAGAAGAAGUCCAUUUCAACUAUGCCAAAAGAAUUGUACAGUUUCUUCAACUUAGUAAACUGGCAUAUCCUUCUUUGCUAGAAAAAUGCAACAAGGUUUUCUUAAAAAGCACCUCUCAUCUUGAUUUAGACAAUAUUAGUCUUAUUUUUGGACUGUAUGAGCAGCUGGGUUUUGACAGUGCGGAGUUCCGCAUCAUUGCUAAACAGCUGCUGUCUGAAUCAAUAGAUGAUUACCAUGAUCCUGAAUCUUUUGCAAAAUUAUUUUUUGUUCUUGGGCCUAUGGCUGGGUCCAAGGUAAGAGAAAGGUUGCUAACAACUGCAGCACUCAUUGCAGAAGGAUUUAGCAGUCAUCAAGCAUUAGUGAUACUGAAGACAAUGCUGAAAAUGAAAUGUAGACAUUCUCACCUGCUUGAAAAAAUGGUUUCUGUUCUGCAUAGACACUUGGAUGGCUAUCACGUAUUGCAGUUGGUAAAGUUAACACAGUGCUUGGUUUUGUUGCAUUGCCAUGAUCAGGAGCUGUUUGCCAAGCUGAAAAUGUUGUUAUUUGGUUUUCUAAAAUCUAGUGUCAUACCUGCUGAUACUGCUGCAAUAAUUCGCACACUGGCCAUGCUUCCAUCCUCUCAAGUGGAGGAAAUCAUUAUAAACAAAGCAACAGCAGUUCUACCUCAGUGCAGACUCCAGAACCUCAGUUGCAUUGCUACAGCUCUUGUCAAAUGGAAUCAUUAUGACAAGUUGCAGUGGCAAAACACUUCUGAGCUACAUGCAAAGCUUCUGCAAAAACUGAAUGACUGUGGAUUUCAGAGACUUCAGGAAGCCAGGAACUUAAAUCUCCUGUUGGAAGAAAUUACAUAUGUGAACGGAGAGUGGUUGCAGGAAGUCAUCAGUGAGGAGGCUGUGGCUGCAUGUCAACGUUUGAUAGAUCAAGUAACAUGGGCAAAUGUGUUACAGUUGUCUGUUUUUCUCAUAAAAACAAACCAUCGCUGUCCUUCGUUACUUGACAGAAUAGCAUCUGUGACUGUUCAAAAUAUAAACAAGAUCCACCCACUGGAAAUGUAUUUCAUUCUCUAUCUUUUCUCUGUUCUGAACUAUGAUCCUCCUGCCAGUGAAGAGUUCUUUCAGAGUUGUAUCCAACAUCUGACUUCUAACUUGAGUUGUUUUGAAACUCAUCACUUGGUGCUGCUGGGUUACAUUUUGGCAGUGGCUGGGUAUUUUCCUCCAGCUCUCAUAAACACAGUAUUUGAUGUUUCUUUCCUAAGCAGAUUGGAUGCUCAACUUGAAGUCCUGUCUGAUACCUUGAGGCAGAGGGUCCGCUCGCGGCUUAUGAAACUGAACAGAGCAGUCUGUCUGGAAUGUCCGGAGUUUCACAUCCCUUGGUUUCAUGAGCACUAUUUCCAGUGUGUCCCGUGUAAAGGCAUUAGCCGAAUAAAUCCACUGCGACAGCAUGUUCACAGAAUGCUGGCAGAGAUCUUAGGAGGGAGCCAUUAUGCAAGAGUAUCUGUUCUCACACCAUACUACUAUGAAAUAGAUUUUGAAUGCAUUCUGGAUAAAAAUAAAAAGCCUCUUUCUUACAUGGCUCAGAAUAUACUUCUGGAUGAUUUGAGGGGAGUACACUUGAGACGUGACAUCGAGGAUGAAGAGAGAAAGGCAUUGCCACAAGGGGCUCAGAGAAUUGCUUUGGAAUUUCUUGAUUCAAAAGCUUUUAGUAAAGAUUCACGCCACCUGAAAGGAGAACCUGCCUUGAAAAAACGACACCUGGAAAUUCUGGGGUAUCGGGUCAUUCAGAUUCCUCACUUUGAAUGGAAUUCUAUGGCUCUGUCCACAAAACCUGAGCAGCUUGAGUAUCUGAGAAAACGUCUGUACGAAGCUCAGUGAUACCAAAGAUGUAAUUACAAGUAAAUUUUUUUAAUAUACUUUGUAUAACGUUAAACUUCUUGUAACCCAGGAAUACAUGCCAAAAUUUCUCUGUGAGUUAGCUGGACUAAGUCUUGCCAUAGGGCAGUGGCUGUCAUGAGACUGGAUCCUACAUUUGUUAGGGGUUGUAAAAGGCUGGUCACAAUAUGCUACGAAGAUGUGAUUGAGAUGCAUAAAAGCUCCCAUUUCUGGAAGCUAUUAUUUAAGUAUAUGGGUCCGUGACAGUUUUGCCAUACAACUGCAUUAUUACCUACUGAGAUUUGACCAGAUAUUAAACUGUCCAAAGAAAGAGUUGGAAAUACUGACUACAGAAGGAGGUAGCAAAUAGAGUGGAAACUAUGUCUGUCCUUCAGCAUGUGACAAAAUGAGCAAUAGGGAUCAAACACAGUCUCUCUGUAUUGUGAAACUAACAAAGUGAAAUGUAGAUUUACUAAUAAUAGGACUGCUAUUACAGCCAUUCUGUUUUCAUCUUCUAGAGCAAGGAGAAUGUGGGUGACAAUGUCAGGGGAGGGUGUGGUGCAGUGAGGAACCUCCAGCUGCUUGCUUUUUGUGCCCUGUGAUACAGCGUAUACAAAAGAAGGCUUGAAUCUUUUGGAAUGCCUUCACAAACCUGAAAGGUAAAGUAGCUCGAGAGGUCUGGCAGUCACCCAUUAACACUUGCAGUCCAGUUCAACUUGGAAGGGAUAACUGAGGGAUGAGGAGGAAGUACUGUUUGUGUCAGACACAAGUACCUAUCAGUGACUGGAUAAUUUGUGAAAAUGUUUGUAAUUAUCAUUUGGACCACUCCUUUCUAAUAGUAAUAAAACAAAAUUAAUCUAUAUAAGCUGCCCGUCCUGUAAAUAAGAGUGCACAAAACAGCAAAAUAAGGCAGAAAACUGAAACCAGAAAUUGAGACUAAGAAAAGUCUUCAGAGAGUCAUAAAUACUACCUUGGUUACCAGUGGUGAAAUUGCUUUAUUUGUGGUGUUUCAAAACUAUCAGCCAGUUACAUUACCAGCUCCCUAUGAUCAUUUGGAACUAGGGUUUUGUUGAGAGCUAGAAGAUACUGGAAUGUGGAAGGAAAAAGUGGAAUAGCAAGGAGAACGUUAAUUGCAAAGUAAUAAACUGUAGGGUGGUUAUACUAUUGCAGAUCAGCCUAUUUUCAGAAGCAGCCAUGUUUGGCUAUAGUUCCUACUACCUCACAAUGACUGCAAGUUAUGCCCGUUUCACAUAUACAACACACCUGCAUUUCUUGCAUUUUUAGAGGAGCAAUAGACAUUCUUUUUACUAUGUGCUUUGAAGCUUGGGCGAAGCAAGCAUCUACAUUUCUGAAUUGACCAUUGUGCACCUUGCUUUGUUUUUUUUUUUGGUUCAAAAACCUUGGUAAGAAGAGUAUAUUUUUUAUUGUCUGAAUCCAAAUGAAUGCAGUGAUGAAAAGCCAGGAAAAAUAGACAGAACUGACCAAAGCUGCACUGUUCUGCUGAGGCAAUCCUCCUAUGUGGAAUGACUGAGAGCACCACUAAAUGCUUGUCUGCUUAUGGUGAUGGUGCUUCUGAUCAAACUGACAAGGGCUGAAAAAGGCUGUCGUAGAAGAGUGCUUUGGGGAAGUGCCACUGAAUGCAUAGUAUCUAGAAGGACUGUAUGCACAUGAUAUUUUGUGUAAAAUGGAAAAGAUAAUUAUAGAAGUUAGGAUAGUAGAAGGUGACCUCCAAGUCAGAGUGCUGUUCUGUGACCUUGCUUCUGUACAGGAGGGCAUUGUGUAGCAGCUGGAGAGUGUAAACAUGACAGUGGCUGUAGCUGAAGUGAUCAUGCAGGGAUGGCCAUGGGCUUGAGAUGGA